UCUACCGCUAAUUUGUCUUCGGUCAAUACAACGUCUUGUUACGAAGUUUUUAUUCACAUUUUCUCGUUUUCAAAGUCACUUGUUUAGUUACACUAAAAGUGGAUGUCAUAUGUAUAUCUGCAGCGGCUAAUUCGAUUGUUGCUCGUACUAUAUUGUUGUUUGAUAUUCUCACUAACUGUCGUUGUCACAAAAUUGUUACUUAAAGAAAAUGCCACGAGCUCCCGCUCUUUUUACAAACGAUGCGAGACAUCAGUUUACAUGCUGCCUAUGCUUACAUGUGAGGACAGGGACGAUCAUUUUCGGAAUAACUCAGAUAAUUAUCCAACUUGUCUUUAUAUCGUUUCUUUUCCUAAUGACGUUUAAUCCGAGACUUAUUCCAGAGGAUAAUCAUGGAAGUUUAGAUCCAUCGCAGGCCAACGUCCGUUUUUAUGUAUUCUCGACUCUCUUUCGUCUUGUACCAGCUGUCUCUGAUAUUCAUGAGUCAUUAACAUUGCCUUCUCCUGGAUCCCGAAAUGUCAAUGGAAAUAAAUUAUAUCUCGGGCACAAUGUGGAGUCUGAAACCAAUUUUAAUUAUGACAUUCCACCAGGAUAUAAAGACGAUGUACUUGUCGACGUCAAUAAUAUGUCUCCAAGUCUAGUGUCGGAUACUCAGAAACAUGAACGUGGAUCCCAUGAAGUCAAAAUAAAACAUUUCAGUCCUUACAUUGCUGUUUGCGUGACAACAUUCUCUUUGGCGUUCUGUUGCUUCAUGGUCCAUGGAGCAAUCACAAGACAGCCAACUCACUUACUCCCGUUUUUCUUUAUUCAAGUCUUUGAUCUUAUCAUAUGUUUAAUUCACAUACUCGGAUUCAUGUCCUCCACAUCAGAUAUACGCUUGGUAAUUCACACAAAAACAGGGCCUAUUUACAUCAAAUCUACGGGUUUGACUUUUAUCAUAUUGUCCAUCUCAUGCAUGAUGUUGGCAUUCAAAGCCUAUUGUCUUGGUAUGGUAUGGGACUGUUAUAAAUACUUAAUGCUAAAUCGAAGAGGCAACCUACUUGAUGAUUGGUAUUCCGACCAGUGGGGUCAUUUGUCAACUUUUUGGAGUUUACUUCGGGCUGGUCGUAAUCGAGGCAAUAAUUCUAUUGGGAACUCUGGUUCUCCUAAUGAGCCUAACACAAGACCUCGUCCUGAUACAAUUACAUACGAUCCAGCUAACGAUCUACCAAAGUAUGAGGAUAUCUUGAAAAUUCCGGCAAAUGCCUACGCUCCUCCACCCUAUUACUGUACUAACACCAACGGAAAUGUCAGUACAACUACAGCUGAUGCUGUUACUACCAAUACAACUAUUACUUCUGCUACUACUACUAAUACUAAUACUAGUACUACAACUAGUGUGAUAUCAGCACUUACAACAACUAACAAGGAUGAUAUCCAAAUCAAUAAUGCAUCAUCGAAUGCUCACUCUUCAUGUUAAUCUGAUUUAAUUGUUAAUUACAUACACACUGAUUCUAAACAUUACAAAAAAGAAACAUUCUAAAAGUAUAGUUUUUUCUACGUCAAAUCACGAUAAAUGAUUUUUGGCUUAUUAGAAAAACUCGUAUGUCUGUGUGUUUACACACUUAUUUUCAUUUUCAUUUUAUUCAUUAAACCUGUUUGUUUACUUUGUUCAUUUUUUUCUCUUCACUAAAGUUGAUCUGUGGAAAUUCUAAAUGUUAUUUCUUUACUACAUUUUUUUUCUGUUUAACGUAAUUCGAUUAAUAAACUUAAUUACAAGUACUACAAACAGUCAGAUUAGUAGUUAUAGCUGAAUAAAUAAUUUCACGAGUGCAAGAAAUCAGAACUGUAACUGCUCACCAUUCUGAUUUGAUCUAAGUAUAUUUUGCGGGAAAAUUUGGACUGAAUUACAUGUUGCAGUUAGUG